AGUUGUAGAAUUUCGACACUUUAGCCACAAUUCACGUGAAGGUCGCUCCUUCUCUCUCUAAAUCAAGGUUGUUCUAUCUCCCUUCUUUUUCGCACUUUUCAAGGUCGUUAGUCAAGGUUAGAUCUGUCAAAAGUGUCAAAACUUAUCGUGAAAUGGGCAAUGCAGGUAGCGGUGGUGCGCCCCGUGAGCGUCCCAAGUACGGCGAGACAGUGCCAUCGUCCCCUUCCAAAGACGGCCAAGCGUUCGUUUUCGAGAAGAAACCCGACAAAUUGCUAUUUCAGAGCUCCCAAGAGGACGAAGAGCCGUAUUUCACACGCCCCGUGACGGCAGAUUUCGACCACCAAAGACCGCGUUCGAACACCGUCUCAGAGGGUACUAAAGUCAACACCAGUGACAAGACUCCAACGGUUUUCCGAUGGGAAGGCGGGGGUAAAGACGUGUACGUCAGUGGUACCUUUACGGAAUGGAAAACUAUUCCUAUGGUAAAAAGCCACGGGGAUUUCGUGACCAUUAUUGAUCUGCCUGAGGGGGAACACCAGUACAAGUUUUACGUUGAUGGGGAGUGGAAAAACGAUCCUGGGAAUAAGAUGGUGGAGGAUGAAACCGGCGUUAAAAAUAAUUUAAUCACUGUUAAAAAGUCCGAUUUUGAGGUGUUCCAAGCUUUGGAUAAAGACAGUGAAAAUGUUAAUAAUGACCCCUCACAGAAAGAAUUUUCACAAGAAAUACCGGCUAAUAAACCAUGGGAAAAGGUCACAGGACCUCCUAUUUUACCUCCGCAUUUACUUCAAGUUAUUUUGAAUAAGGAUACGCCACUUUCGUGUGAACCAACUCUCUUACCUGAACCUAACCAUGUAAUGCUAAACCACCUUUAUGCCUUAUCAAUCAAGGAUGGAGUUAUGGUACUUAGUGCUACUCAUAGAUACCGCAAGAAAUACGUUACCACACUUUUGUACAAACCGAUCUAAGCCAUUAUUUAUGAUAUUGUUACGCAUAAUCCUUUUACGUCAUUGGGUUUCUUUAAAUAUGUAAAUAAAAGUUGUUUUUAAGUUCAA